AUGGACAUCCAGUUGUUAGAUGAGCGGAACUGCAAUAAACCCUUGGCAGUUCUAAUAGAUGUGGAACCUGGAGUGUAUUUGAACGAGAUUCGUCAGAUAAUUUCAGAUCAAGUGUCUGAUAUUUUGCCCGAAGGAAAAUAUGAAUUUCAACAUCAUGGCAUAAAAAUAUCCAAGGUGGAGGAAGCUACAGUGAGGCUGUCAAAGAUUGCAUUACCUGGUGAUGACCCUUCUCUCUGCAUGCUUUCACUGUCCUUUUCAAACUUAAAUGGUGCUGAAAACGUAAGCAAGGACAGGGAUUUGGAAUCUCCCUUGUCCGUAAAGACAGAGGCAAGCCAAUUCACGCCUCAAACACAUGUAUCCACGGUAACGAAGACGUUACAACUACGAUCACCGACAGCUGUGGAAUUGAGAAAUUUAAAAAUUUUUACUGAUAAAGAAAUAGAAAGUGGAAGAGGAAAAGAACCACUGUAUCGAACAUUUUGGAACAAGAAAGUCCAAGAACUCUCAAAAGACAGAAAAAUGUCUAACAAGGAAAUUUACAAACGUGUAAAUGAAAGCUGGCAGCUUCAUAGAAGCGAACUAAUGGAAUUGGAAACACAGGAAAUCCAGACAAAAUGUAAAGAAAUUGAAGCUGACGCGGCAUGUGGCUCAAAUGAUUCUAGAUUAAAGAAAACUACUCUACCCAACAACGUACUUCGCGUGCAGGAAGCUUCGGAAGCCAUUAAAAGUUUGACUGCGGAAGUUAACUCUUUCUCGGAAAAAUUGAAAAGAAGCCAUGACGCGUUGGAAAAAGAGAAUUUUAGAAAAGAGUUGAAGCGUGCUAAAACAAGCUUGCUUUUCUCCACAAGCGAGUUAAGAAAAGCGCAAGAUGCCUUGAGGAAGAACCUUGGUGUAAAGAAGUCAGAAUUUGCAAAACAUUUAAGCCCCUGACAGAUUAAAAAUCUGCAUGACAUACUGUAUAGUGUUGCGUCUCUCGUUUGAACGUUAAUAUUCGCAUGGGAAAUUGUUGGAUCAUACACGUUAAUUAAAAUUUUUUGCUAAAACGUUUUAAACCAUGUUGCCAUGUAGCUGG